GUCCUUAAUUGGAUGCUACGAAAACAUGGGUUGCGCCACUGUGUUCAGUCCAACGUCCUCACGGCACCAGUAGCAGUGUGGGAUGAUAUCUUUGAGCCCGACCCAUUCUCGGUGGCAUACCAAUACUCUGGAGACCCGCGUUGGCCUGACAUACGAUUUUUGUUCACUGUGGUCUAUGAAGACACAUCAAAUCCACCGGUUUUGUUGGACCAAAAUUCCACUAAUGAAAAUGAUGUAGCGACCUUGAAUGAACAAUCGUACGUGUUCUCGCUUACUUCCCUCACCAAUGCACCAGUUAAUGAACGUGAGGCUUCAUCCAAAGCCUCACUGAAUACCCACACAAAUGUGAGCAUUCAAAGGUGGGGGGUCGAACACCAUUGUGCAUUCCCUGACCACCACGUAAGCCGGCGCCAUCUUCAUGCAAAGGAUCUUCUAGUGACCCACCAAAUUGAACACUUGUCA